AUGACCACCGAGGACGGCUACGUUUCAGCGAUGCACAGGAUAACCGGCAGUCCGCUCGGUCCGAAAGCUGCUGGCAAACCGGUCGUCGGAACUGAUGGUCGUUCUGGAGCCCGACAACUGCCUCUCGCGCUGGCGGACGCCGGCUACGACGUCUGGCGAGGCAACCUCAGGGGCAACUCGCUGUCGAGACCGCAUCGCGAGCACUCUCCCGGGAGCGGUGCGUUUUGGAACUUGAGUUUGGACGACAUGGCCUCCAAAGACUUGAGCAAGUUGAUCGACUUCGCUCUCGAGAAGUCGGGAGGACGCAAGUUGACCUACGUGGGAUACUCCGUGGGCGCGACUCUGAGCAACGUGCUCCUGGCCGAGAAGCCCGAGUACAACGAGAAAAUGGAGCUGCUCGUGAGUUUGGGCCCGUCCGUCUAUUUCCUGCACUACUCGACUAGUUUCAGGAGCGUGAAAAUGCGCGGCCUCGCGUCAGUGUUAUCGGCCCGCGUACCGACGAUCCUGAGCUACUCGCCGGCAGGCACCUCCUACAAGACGCUCGAGCGUCUUUCCGCGAGAAUUCCACAGGGAAGCCGACCAAGUACGACUACGGGUGCGCCUCCACGCGGUUCUGGUGCUCCAACGACGACUACUAUCGGACUCCCAGUCCGCCUGAGUACGGCCUGCCCCAACGCGAGCGUUCCGGUGGCGAUUCUGCACGCACCCAACGACUCGUUCGUGUCGGACGCGAGGUAA